AUGGAAAUCACUAUGGAUAGUGUAAACGGCGGUGUCAAAGGUCGCGUCCAACGUUUAAUUGAGCACAGCAUUCUGGAAACUCUUGCUGCUUUAAGCCUGAGUGAACGAGAUUACGAAGAAUCCAUCAUCAGAUGGAGAGGCACAAGACGCGAAAAGCCUAUCGAGAUUGAUUGUUGCGUUUCUGGGAGAUGGGAAGGCCAAAAAAGGUUGGGAAGACAAAGCCUUCGAAAAGGCCUGUGGAGGAACUAG